CUCCCUAAGUUCUAUUUCCGUUUGGAAGGAAUUAAACAACCGGUUUUGUCUUAGGCCUUAGAACUACAUUUUGGUACUGUUUGAAAAAUUAGAUUGUAGAUUAAAUGAAAUUUGUUUGGAAACAAAGAUAGCAGAUUAAAUAUUUAUUAUUUAAAUAUUUAGUCAUUUAUUUCUUUUUCAUUUACAGAUUUUAUCGUCUAGAAACUUGGAUAGCAUAUUAAAUGAGAAUUAUUUGGAAAUACGAAUAUCAGAUUAAAUAUUUCUUUUUAUUUACACAUUUAUCCAUUGCAUUUCUUUCUUAUGUACAAAUCUGCCACUUCACUUAAAAUCAAAAAAAAAAAAUUAAUUACAAUGAAUUGUUGUUUCUUUUUGCUAAAAAUAAAAACACAAACUGUAAUAUAUACUCCCUCCGUUUCAAUAUAGAUGAUGUUUUAGAAGAAGUAUUUUGUUUCAAUUUACAUGAAGUUUUGAAGUUUUAAGGUUAACUUUAACUUUAUUGAAAAAUGUUCAGCCAAUUAGAUUUUACCAUCUUUUUUAUAAUUGGUUAAAUGAUUUAAAAACUAUAUUUUUAAAAAUAUUUUUUUACUUAGAUCUAACUUUCUUAAUCUUUGUGCACUAAGGCAAAACAUCAAGUAUUAUGAAACGGAGGAAAUAGUAUAUAUUAAUCUGCUACAAUAUAACUUUCAAGAAAACUAAAUAUCAUAAAUUAAUAAUAAUUCAUAAAAACCUACUGUAAAAAAUUAAAUAAUUUUUAAAUAAAUAAACAAAAAAAUCAAUAGGUUAAUAUAUGAAUAUUACAAUUACACUAAAUUGCAUCAAGUUAUAAAAUUAUAAAUAUUACGUACAGAUAAAAAAUUAUUAUCAAAUAUCUAUAUUAUAAUAUAAUAUAUUCUACUCUAAAUAUAUUUUACAAAACAUAAAAAUAUAAAUUGACAUUUUAUAAAAUUAUUGGUUUAUAAAUUUACAUUGAACGCAAGUUAAAUCCAAUAUCGCACGGGGACGCGGGUCAAGAUCUAAGAUCUAGUUAGGGUUAAUAAAAAAAGGAGUGAUGAUUAAAUUUUUAUAAGAUAUUGUGCUUAUACAAAGGUUUUAUUAGUUAAACAAAUCUUGAUGUCAUCCAUCUUAUGUAGUUAAAAUGCAUGAGUAAAUUUAAGUAGAAUAAAUUAAUUUUACCUCACAAUGAAGUAAAAGUGUCAAAAUUUGUAUAUUAUUAUAGUUGACACCUCAAUGAGCAUAAUAAAUCUCUGGUUCUAAGUACAUUUUUAUUUAUUACAAAAAUAUGAUUUUGAAAAUAUAGAUUUAUUUCCAUUAUACACUACUGCAAAAGGAAAUAAUAAGUCAAAGUCGAUGUAGCUUACCAUCUGUAACAUGAUUGUUGGUACAAUGUAUUAUGCACCAUAUAGGAUUAGGAAUAGAAAUAGGGACCAAACAAAAAAGGGAAAACAAAAAAUCACAAAUAAAAUUUUCAAUAUAAAAGCUAUAUAGCGUAUCAUGAAAAUUGAUUUGUUUUUAAACGUCUGUUAAGGUUUAUCUCUAGAAUAAACAAACUUUCGUCUUUAUCAAUGCUAGUUUGUGUGGUUAUAAAAACAUAAUCUACGACUUCAAGUUAAUAGUAUAUCAUCAUUCUAGUUUUGGUCUAACUUUUUAUAUAUUUGUAACAGAAUUGCUUAGAAAAUGAGCAUAGGAGAGAAAACCAGUGGUGGUUCAUCGUGGAGCAGGGAUGAUGAUAUUGCUUUUGAGAAAGCUCUAGCAAUUUAUGCCGACGAAACUGAGGAUCGCUGGGAAAAGAUUGCUGGAGUUGUUCAUGGAAAAACAUUGGAGCAAGUUUUAAAACGUUACGAGGUUUUACUACGUGAUGUUCUGAUGAUUGAAUUAAGCUAUGUAUCUCUUCCUGAGUACGAUUCUUCAGAAGGCACACAUGCCAAAGAUACAAACAUUUCGGAGUAUGGCAUCAUCGAUCGAAAAUGUGAGUAUACGCAAGAAUGCAAACCAAAACUAAAGCAAAGACGACGUAAGGGGAUUGCAUGGACACCGGAUGAACACAGCCAGUUUCUUAUUGGUCUGGAAAAAUAUGGAAAAGGUGAUUGGCGUAGUAUUUCUCGUCACUUGGUAGUGACAAGAACGCCAACUCAAGUCGCAAGUCAUGCUCAGAAAUAUUUCUCACGUCUUAACUCUAAGACCAAAAACAAAACGAGACAAAGCAUUCAUGACCGUGACGUUGGAGAAAGCAGUAACACCUCAGUAAUGCAUAGUCCGAACACAUGGCAAAACACUCAAGCCACUUCGCAACCAUCACAAGACCAUCAUCCUACAUAUAGCACACCAACCCUAUGGAACACACAAGCUACUUUACAACAACCACAAGACCAUCCUAUGUAUGGUACACCCACCAAAUGGAACAUGCAAGCCGCUUCGCAACCAUCGGUGAAUAUACCUAUCUAUGGCACCCACACCGUAGACCAAUCAAUGGUUGGACAUAGGGUCUCACCAUUCGGAACUAACAUGAACCGCUUGGCUCCACCUCACAUGGCUUACGGAGUUCAACAUCAUUCAGCACCUUACUCCUCGGUUUCAAGAGCACCUUACUCCUCGGUUCCUAGUGCACCGUUUAACAUGGCAGCUUCGUACAACAUGACAUAUGCACCUACAUCUCGUUAGAUAGGUCUGAGGCCUCUGUCUUAUAUGCUUGUUAAAGUGUAAAAUGGUAUAAAGAAACUUAAUAUUCAGUUUGACUUGUUAUUUCAAAUGAUUAAACAAGUUAUUUUCCUGUGUUUAUGCACGGAUAUAAAUAUUUACAAAUAAAUAUAUCAAAAAUUAAGAAUAUUAUAAUUUUAAUUAUUUUGUAAUAUAUGUGUAUAAUUUAUUUUAAAUAAUAUUAUAUUAUUUUAAGAGAAAUUCUCUAGGAUACUACUAAUUUUUUUAAAAAAAAUAUAUCAUACAAGUAUCACGAUGAUAAAAAUAUUUCAUUACAAAGUUAAAUAAACACUUAUAUCCAUAAAGUAAACUAAUAUAAAAUAUUUAGAUUACGUGUUCAUUGCUUAUGUUCGUCAUCUGCUACUCGAGGGAGUGGUUGCUCAGAUGAGCUUAUCUCCGGUAAAGUUCCUUGGUGGAAACAAAACAAAGAAGUGUCGCCGCAAAUCUAGAGAAGAAGAAGAAAGUAUAAUAACAAGCAGAACCAUUGUACCAAAUUUUAGUAAAAAGAAGAUAAAAACAAGAAGAGACAUUGGUACAUGUUACCAUACAUUAAGCAUAAUUGAUAUAGUUAUUGACAUAGUUUGAUAAUUGAGAUCAAGUUUUACGUAUAUUAUUUUACAUAGGAGUAUAUUAUUUUCACCAACCAAUAGAAUUAUGUUAUUUCAAAUUUGUAUCUUUUAUAAAAGGAAAUUAAACAAAAUAUUGUCAAGUUAUAUUAUGUUUUUAAAAUAAAAAAAUAAAAAAAUAAAAUAGUAGUAAUUACAAAAAAAAUAUUUUUAACGUCGUUAGAAAAAAGCUAAACCCUAAAUCCUAAUCCCUAAACCCUAAAUCCGAAACCCUAAACCUUUGGAUAAAUCAUAAACUCAAAUCAAAAGCACUAAAUACUAAAACACUCAAGGGUUUAGGAUUUUAGUGUUUAGUGUUUUUGAUUUAGAGUUUAUGAUUUAUCCAAGGGUUUAGGGUUUACCCAAAGGUUUAGGGUUUCGGAUUUAAGGUUUAGGGAUUAGGAUUUAGGCUUUAGCAUUUUGCUGAUGACAUUAACAAUAUUUAAAAAAAAAUUUCUUUUCUUUUGUAACUACUAUUUUUUUUUACCUUUUUAUUUUAAAAACAUAAUAUAACUUGACAAUAUUUUGUUUCCUUUUAUAAAAACUAUCAAAUUUGAAAUAACAUAAUCUUAUUGGUUGGUGAACCUAGUGAUUCAGCCUAGGGGAAACCCAAGAAUAAGUC